CUUUAGUCUGUUCACUGUAGUACUAUCUUCCCCGCCUGCCAAGGACCAAGCAGGCAACACCAAAUUUAUGGUGGUUCGUUUUGCUCUUUGACUGUUGCAACUUUGGGUGUCACAUUAACUCAGCUGCUUGCUCCUUUACUCUGCCGUGCACUUGCUGUCUUUCUCAGAAUCUCAUCCUUCCUCCUCCAGUCUUAUCUUUCAGCCGUUCACCGGAGAGACAGAGAGAGAGGUUUGUUCCAGGCGAACGCAGGCUGCUAGUUCGGCCAUGGAGAUGGAGCUGCCCAAUCUCAAUGUCCCGGUGAAGCAAGAAAUCGUUGUGCAUAAUGAAGGAGCCCAAGGAAGAGGAGGUGGUGGCGGCGCAAUCGUUGAGGCGUCGGGACACGGCACGAGGAGGACGGAGGCCACCGUGAGGAUUGAGGCCAACAUGCUCGACUGCCCCAUCUGCUCCUCCCCCUUCAAGCCUCCCGUCUUCCAGUGCAAAGGCGGGCACCUGGCUUGCGGCAGCUGCGUCGCGAAGCUCCCCUGGAAACAGUGCCAGAGGUGUGACCUCGGCGGCGACUUCCACGGCUGCCCCUUUGUGGACGCCUUCGUCUCCUCGGCCAGGAUGAAGUGCGACCACCAUGGCUGCGGCCGCCAGGUCACCUACCACAAGCUCGAAGACCACAAGAGCGCGUGCCCGCUCGCGCCCUGCAGGUGCCCGGUGCCCGGCUGCGGCUUCGAAGGCCCGCCGCCUGCGCUCCCCCACCAUCUCAGCGCCGUCCAUUCCAUGCCCGUGCACGUUGUUCAGUACGGCAAGGUGCUCCAGCUCGAGGUACCCGUGUCAGAGCCGCGUCGCCUGCUGUUCGCCGAGGAGGACGGCCGCGCGUUCCUCGUGGUCGGCGGCUCGCUCGGCCUGGGCGUGCCCAUCGCCUUGUCGGUGGUGUGCGUCAGGGCGGGGGCGUCCCCGCCGCCGCACUAUGUGGCCAAGGUGUGGGCGAACGGGCCGCCGGUGGCCAACGACAGGACCGACACGGUCCGAGCGGACAUCCAGGUGACGAGCAGCAAGGAGCCCGGCACCGUCGCCGUGGAGGAGCUGACCUUCUUGACGGUGCCGCACAAGCUGCUGGCCGGGGCUGGCCCGUCCAGGACGGUGUCCCUCCACGUUCGCAUUGACAAGAUCACCUCCUAAAUGAAUCUGCUAUGUCUAGGGCUCUACUUAUCUUAAUACUAGUAAGGCUUAGUCUAGUUUGGUCUAAUUUAGGGGCUGUUUGGUUUGUGACUAACUUCGUCAAAGAUUGCCACACCUAAGGUUAGGCAAGUUUGACCAACUUAGAUGAGUGUUUGGUUCAAGCCACACCUUAGGCAAGCCACACUUGGGUCCCACAUGGCAUACCCAUAAAAAGUAUGGCAAGAUUCUCUUAGGCUUGCCAACUUGUGGCUCUCAUUUUGAUGAACUAUUCUUAGGCAAGCUUGGCAAAAAUGUGUGGCAAAAUGUGGCAAUGCUAGGCCUAGAACCAAACAAACAACCCCUUAGUUUAACAGAAUGAUGGAUUUUGGUACUAGCAUGCAUCAAUUCGUUCAACAACGGACGAGUACUUGUUAGUUCCAGCAUGAUUAGUACAUGGAAGAGGUAUUUUGUUGCUGUUGGAUGUA